CAACAAUGGUUUCUAGAUUCUUCUCUAACCUUGCGUAUAUUUCCUUCUUGCCAGCUUCACUGUAAAACAUCUCUCUGUCUUCCUUCUCCGAUUUGUAUCUGUUCUUUUCAGUUUCCUUCUCCUCCGAGAAAGUUAGCUCCUUUCUCUUGUUCUCUCUCGAAAAGAUCUCUCCUUUCAACGUUAAGUCGUUUAGUUGUUUGAGUGAUGUCUACGGAUACGGAGGCGAAUUUACUUGCGUUAGCGGCUGUGUUCCGCAGGAGGAUCGAAGAAGGUGGAUACUUACCGGUGAAUUUUUCUUCAGCCGGCGGAGAAGCCGACGAGGACGGAGAAACCACCGAUCGUCGCGGUUCGGUGAUCCAGAGAGUGGUAGUGAUCAGAUCGCCUGUCGGACUCGAGGAUUUUUUGAACGACGACGGUUCCGGGAAACAGGGGAGAUCGCCGGCGUCGAAAUCGUCGGUGGAGAGUAUGCCACGUGUCGUGAUCGGAGGAGAUAAGGAGGCUGGAGGAGGAGGAGGGUGUUCGAUUUGUCUGGAGGAGUGGUCGGAAGGUGACGUGGCCGCGGAGAUGCCGUGCAAGCAUGAGUUUCACUCAAAGUGUGUGGAGGAGUGGUUGGGGAGGCACGCCACGUGUCCGCUGUGUAGGUACGAGAUGCCUGUUGAGGAAGUGGAAGGAGAGAAGAAAGUUGGGGUUUGGAUUGGUCUCUCUGUUAGCACCGGUGGAAGAAGAGACGGAGAAGACGGUGGUGAUUCGAACCCUCGAGAUGAGACAGAGGCUUAGGUACUGAAGACGAUGGUGAUUCGAACCCCUCGAGAUGAAACAGAGGCUUUAGGUUCAAGGCUUUUGAUUUGUGUUUGUGUAUAUAUUUAUUCCUUUUUAAGAUAUUUCCAAUCUUGUUACAAAAAAAAAAAAGAAAGAUAUUUCCAAUCUUCAGUUAAGAAUUCGUUUGCUGAAA